UCGAGUUGAAAAAUUAACAAGACAUAUACUCUGUGUUAAUUGAAAUGGAGAAUAGUGAUGAAGACGUCGACGAGGAUGAGACUGAGUGGAAAAACAGUUGUACGGACGAGGAAGUCCUCCCUGCAGCUGCUGCAGGCGCCAACUUCGGUAAGGAAGCCGGACCAGCAGCCUCACAUAGAGUCAUCCUGCAUUUUGAUUUGGACUGCUUCUAUGCCCAGGUGGAAAUGAUCAGAAACCCAGCACUGCGAAAUAUGCCUUUAGGUAUUCAGCAAAAGUAUAUCAUAGUCACUUGUAACUAUGUGGCGAGGGAACAUGGAGUCACCAAGCUGAUGUCAGUGACUGAUGCUAAGGAGAAAUGUCCUCUGCUGGUGCUGGUUAAAGGAGAGGACCUCACACACUACAGGGAAAUGUCAUACAAGGUCACAGACCUGCUAAUGUCCUACUGUCCAUUAGUAGAGAGGCUGGGCAUUGAUGAGAACUUUGUUGACAUCACAGAGAUGGUAGAAAGAAGGCUUGCACAGACCCCAGUAUCUGACAACUAUUCAUUCGAAGGCCAUGUCUACAAUCAUAACAAUGCAGACGCCAAUCCCAAUGGUUACCCCAGUUUGGCCAUAGGUUCACACAUUGCAACUGAGUUAAGAGCAGCCAUCAACAGCAAACUGGGCUUGACUGGCUGUGCUGGGAUCGCCACCAAUAAGCUACUAGCUAAACUGGUGUCAGGUACCUUCAAACCGAAUCAGCAAACCACACUUCUACCAGAGAACAUCAGAGAUAUCAUGGGCUGCCUGAGUGGUCUUCGAAAAGUGCCGGGGGUGGGACACCAAACUCAAAAGAGACUUCAGGCCUUGGGAUUGGUCAGUGUCCAGGACCUGCAGCUCUUUCCAUUAGCCACCUUGGUGAGAGAGUUCGGAGGCCCCAGUGCUCAGCGCUUGCAGAACCUGGCCUUGGGCAUUGAUGAGUCACCUGUCACCACUACUGGGGCUCCACAGUCUCUAAGUGAUGAAGACUCUUUUAAGAAAAUCUCCUCAACCAAAGAAGUUUUACAGAAGAUUAAUGACCUACUGAGCAGUCUAGUGGAGAGGAUGCACAAAGAUGGGAGGCAGCCUCAGACCCUGCGACUCACCAUCCGUAAAUUCACUGUCACCAACAAGUGGUCCAGUCGGGAGAGCCGCCAGUGUCCCAUACCUAAUCACAUCGGGCAGAAGAUCUCCUCCGGCAGCAGUGAUGUUCUGGCCCAGCUGGUCACCACGGCUAUGAAGUUGUUCCACAAGAUGGUGGACAGCAAGGCAGGCUUCCACUUGACGCUCAUCAAUGUGUGUUUCACCAACCUGCAGUCCAGAGUGGCCGCAGCGGGCAGCAAAGGCUCCAUAACAUCUUUUCUCACUUGCAACACAUCGUCCAAAAGAACGCAAGGCUCCUCACAAGAUCAAGUGGUAUGA